CAUUACCAUAACGUGCAACAAUGUCGGUACCUCAACAUGUGACAUCCAUGAUCAUUAACAACCACCAAUGUAGAAGCGAUUUCCGCUCUGACCUCUCCAACCAACCUUCAGAACGAGAUGUGCUGCUUUCCCCGUGCCUACUCUUCAAAGAAGGAAAAUCUUGUCAUGAAGCCUGUUCCAUCUCACCAGGCAAUUACUGAUACUGCUACUGAUAUCGGUAUGUAGUGCCCAAUCUUCCCGCUCCUUCCUUCCGAGGAACUCAUGGGGGCUCCUAUAUGGGUCGCAGGUGUAGUGGUUUCAUCCACUGCCCUGGAGCUUAUAACUCGGGAGCACAUGGGUUCACUCCUCAUUUCGAGCAGUAUCCCUCCCAACAUGGCCUUUUUUUGCCGCCUUAUUAAAGCAGACAUGGUACUUCACUCAGUACUAUUUGUGGAAGGCUCUACCAACAAGAAGAAAUUCGGGCAAAAUUCCUCGUACAGAUUUCACGGAAAGUUGAUUGCUCUUGUUCUUUUUCUCGAUCCGGACUCGGACUUCACGAACUAAGUUGUUUUGAAGAGAAAACUGUUGUUGGUGAACAGGUAGUAGGUACACUCAGUCACCUUUUCCGAACCUGUGAUAGGAAGGGAGCAAUGGUUGAUCAAGGCUCGAGCUUCUUCCUCCCGGAUACAUCGAUCAAGGAAGCAAUGCAGCAAUGCAGCAGGCACAGAAAGUCCAAGUCCAAUUUCGAGUUCAAAUCAAAACCAGCAGUGCACUAUAGCAGUGUAAGGUAAAAUGUCUUUUAGUAUCAAAUUUUGGAUUUCACGUCCUUUACCGCACUGGUUUAUAUAAACCUCGUUAUCUAGU